CAUUUCCCAGAAGUCUCAGGGCACAGGACCUCUCGGGGCAGAGUGAGAUUGCCUGCGGAGAGCGCCUGGAAGCGCCGGGCUACGAGCCUCAAAGGAUGUUCCGGCUCUUAUUUCCCAUGAGGCUCUGGGCUCAAACUAACCUCAGUUUCUGGGUCCCUUUUCGGUGUCUUCGAGAUUUUUGGACUCUGCGCGGUGAGUUGGUCGCGUCCGAGGAAAUGAUCAGCGCCGGUGAGGGUGGGAGGGCUCAGCGGACUUCUCCAGAGCCUUGUCGGAACCAGCAGUGCGUGUAGGGGUGACACUGGGAGGCGCUCGAGGAGAAUCUUGACAGUGAGUGUCUCACUGUAGUGAUGAGCUACAGCUACAAGAUGUUGAAGAGCUGCUCUGGCUUUUCUGGACUCUGUGCUUCACCAGUAGAGGAACCCUAUGGAGCAUUAAUUAGUUCCUGCAGUUCUAGAACCAUGACUGAUGGCUUGGUGACAUUCAGGGAUGUGGCCAUCAACUUCUCUCAGGAGGAGUGGGAAUUCCUGGACCCUGCUCAGAGGGACUUGUACGUGGAUGUGAUGUUGGAGAACUAUAGCAACUUGGUCUCACUGGAUUUGGAGUCAACAUAUGAGACCAAAAAUACAUUUGCAAAAAAGGACAUUUUUGAAAUAAAUUUUCCCCCACAGGAGAUAAAGGAAAGAAGUAAAACCCUUGGCUUUGAGGCAUUCCUCUUCAAAAAUAAUUGGAAGUGUAAGAGAAGAUUUGAGGGCCUCCAGGGACAUCAAGAGGGAUACUUCAGUCAAAUGGUAAUCACCUAUGAAAAGGUGCCCACUUACAGAAAACAUAAAUCUCUUACUGCACAUCAAAAAAUUCAUAAUCAAGAGAAACCCUGUGUUUGUAAGGAAUGUGGGAAGGCUUGUAGUCAUGGCUCAAAACUUGUUCAACAUGAGAGAAUUCAUAUGGCUGAAAAACAUUUUGAAUGUAAAGAAUGUGGGAAAGACUUUUUAAGUGCCUAUCAACUCACUGUGCAUCAGAGAUUUCAUACUGGUGAGAAACCUUAUGAAUGUAAGGAAUGUGGGAAGACCUUUAGUUGGGGAUCAAGCCUUGUUAAACAUGAGAGAAGUCAUACUGGGGAGAAGCCUUAUGAAUGUAAACAAUGUGGGAAGGCCUUCAGUCGUGCCUAUCACCUUACUCAACAUCAGAAAAUUCAUAUUGGUGUGAAAUCUUAUGAAUGUAAAGAAUGUGGAAAGGCCUUUUUUUGGGGCUCAAGCCUUGCUAAACAUGAGAUAAUUCAUACAGGUGAGAAACCUUAUAAAUGUAAAGAAUGUGGGAAGGCCUUCAGUCGUGGCUAUCAGCUUACUCAGCAUUAUAAAAUCCACACUGGUAAGAAACCUUAUGUAUGUAAAUUAUGUGGAAAGGCUUUUUGUUGGGGCUAUCAACUUACUCGACAUCAGUUAUUUCAUACUGGCAAGAAACCCUAUGAAUGUAAGGAAUGUGGGAAGACUUUUAAUUGUGGCUCAAGUCUGGUUCAACAUGAGAGAAUCCAUACUGGUGAGAAACCCUAUGAAUGUAAAGAAUGUGGAAAGGCCUUUAGUCGAGGCUAUCACCUUACUCAACAUCAGAAAAUCCAUACUGGUGAGAAACCCUUUGAAUGUAAAGAAUGUGGGAAGGCCUUUAGUUGGGGUUCUAGCCUUGUUAAACAUGAGAGAAUCCAUACUGGUGAGAAAUCCUAUGAAUGUAAAGAAUGUGGAAAAGCCUUUGGUAGUGGCUAUCAACUUACUCGACAUCAGAUAUUUCAUACUGGCAAGAAACCCUAUGAAUGUAAGGAAUGUGGAAAGACUUUUAAUUGUGGCUCAAGUCUGGUUCAACAUGAGAGAAUCCAUACUGGUGAGAAACCCUAUGAAUGUAAAGAAUGUGGAAAGGCCUUUAGUCGUGGCUAUCACCUUACUCAACAUCAGAAAAUCCAUACUGGUGAGAAACCUUUUAAAUGUAAGGAAUGUGGAAAGGCCUUUAGUUGGGGUUCAAGCCUUGUUAAACAUGAGAGGGUUCAUACGGGUGAGAAAUCCUAUGAAUGUAAAGACUGUGGGAGGGCCUUUGAUAGUAGCUAUCAACUUCGUGUUCAUCAGAGAUUUCAUACUGGCAAGAAACCUUAUCAGUGUAAGGAAUUUGGAAAAACAUUGACUUGUGGCUCAAGCCAUGUUCAACAUGAAAGAACUAAUAAUAAUGAUAAACCCUACAAAUAUAAAGAAUGUGGGGAAGCCUUUAUAUGGACAGCUUACUCAAAUAAGACAGUUGAUGCUGAUGAAACUUUAUGAUUGAAGAGAUGUGAAAGAACAUUUUUGUGUGUGUACAAACAACUUACUUAACAUGAGGAGAAGUCUUACUCUUGAGAAACCUUAUGAAUGUAGGGAAUGUGCAAAAGCCUUACCUGUGUAUGGACAAUUCACUUGAUACCAGAAAAUUCAUACUAGUGAGAAAUAUUUUGAAAAUGAGGAAUAUGAAAAGGCCUUUAGAUUUCUGUAUGAUCUUAUUGAACAUCUUUACUGAUGUGAAGCCAUUUAAAUGUAGGGCAUGUGUAAAGAUCUAUAUUUAAUUCAUGGUACAAAGUCUCAUAAACAUUGGAAAAAUUAUGCUCAUUACUCUUUAAGGGAAGGAUCGAAAUGUAAUUUGGUUCUUGCCCUGCAUAUCAGAGAAUUCAUACUGCUGUGAAAUCCUGUGAAUUUAAGGAAUGUGGGAAGACUUGUAGACAUGGUAAACAUCUUAUAAUACAUCAGGGAAUUCAUCCAAAUGAGAAAUCCUUUGAAUUAGAAUUGUAGGAAGGCUUUUAGACAAGUGCUACUCAAACUAUUGGCCAGAGACUUUUUGCCAGUCCAUAGAAUUGUUACCUGUCAAUCAUGAGAUAAAUGCAGAAAGUGAGAGUGUCUGGAAACUUUUAUAGCAAUUUGAUAUUGCCAUAACAUCAUUAUAUUUUACAAAAGUAUCAGUCGAUGAAUGAUUGGAAAUUAAAAACAAAAAGUUUGUUCUUUCCUAGAUAAUUUGAGAGACAGCAUUCACACUUUUUAAAACAUGAGACAAGUCACAAUGUGACUUAAUUAGAACAAGAAAUCCCUCCCUUGUUACCUCCCUGAUUAAAGUAGCAGAAUAUUCAUUCCAUAGGAAGAUUUGGCUAAUGUGGGAAUCACAAUUUCCUUCUGCCCAUAAGAGCAUAGAAGAUUUAUACCAGAUAUGUUGAUUUAGUGAAUGUAUAGAAGCUUUCCAACACUAUUCAAUCUUUGUUAAACUUCAGCAAACUCUUCCUAGAGAAUAACCCUGUUAAUAUCACAAAUGUAGGAAACACCUUAUCCAUGGCAGAAACCAUACUUAUUUUUAUCACCAUUCUACCUCCUUAUUACUUGUGGGAUGUUGGGCAAACUGCUUAUCCCCUCUGGGCAUCAUGUUUAAAAUGCUGGUGAUGGUAGCUCUGUAAUAGUGCUGUUGUAGAGAUUGGAUGGAUAUAGUAUGGGUCAAAUCCUUGGAAGAGUAUCCAGUAUGUAGCCUGUGCUCAAUACAUAGUAUUCUUAUUAUCAUCAUCAUAAAUAUUACUACUGGCGAAGUCUUAGGAGAGGAAUGCCCAUUUUGUAUAAUGAAUUUAGAAAAGUACCCAUAACCACUCAUCCAUUUGAAUUUCAGAUAGUUCAUUCUGGAUAAAAGAUCUAGUAAAAUGUAAAGAAUUUGAGAGGAUUUUUAUUCAUAAUUUAUCCCUUAAGCUGCAUCAAAAAUUAAGACUAAAAAGAAACAUUUUGGAUUUAGUUAAGUGUUAAGAUGUUGGGAUUAUACCUGAAGAAGAAUCAGAGAGAAAUGUGAAGCAAUUUGCUGUAAUGAAUCCCAACAGACAAGUAGUAAUUAAAAUUCUCCACUCACUUUUUGAGGUAAAUUAGAAAUUAAAGAGAAAAGAAAACUGUCCAUUUUGGAAUUCUUUAACAAAACUUUAUUAUGAUCAUUUUUUAGACAUUCAGAAAAAUUUAAAGGACAGUAUAAUGAACAUCCAUCUACUCUCUACAUGGAAUCAAGAAUUCUAAACAUUUGGCCAUUUUUGCUUUCUGAAUAUAUAUUCAUGCAUGGCAUUUGGUUGUCAUGUCUCUAGAUUUUAGUCUUGAACAGACUUUUUGAAGAUUUCAGGAAAGCUAUUUUAUAGAAUGCCAUACAUUCUAGAUUUUGUUUGUUCUCUCAUAGUGAAAUUUAAUUUGUACCUCUAUCCUUCAUAUCUCUCAUAAAAUCAAGUUAGAGUUAGAGGAUUAAACAUUUUCCACCAGAACAAUUCAUAGGAGGUGACAUGUACUUUUUAUUGAAAGAUAUCAUAAGCAAUUAAUAUCCAUUUUCCCCACUAUCACCAAUGCUACGUUUGAUCAUUAAGAUGGUGAUUGCUGGACUUCCUUAGUGGUGCAGUGGUUAAGAAUCUGCCUGCCAAUGCAGGGGAUAUGGGUUCAAUCCCUGGUCCAGGAAGAUCCCACAUGCCACAGAGCAACUAAGCCCAUGCGCCACAACUACUGAGCCUGCGCUCUAGAGCCUGCAAGACACAACUACUGAGCCCAUGUUCUGCAACUACUGAAGUCCAUGUGCCUAGAGCCCGUGCUUCACAACAAGAGAAGCCACCGUAAUGAGAAGCCUGCACACUGCAACGAAGAGUAGCCCUUGUUCACUGCAACUAAAGAAAGCCCGCAUGCAGCAACAAAGACCCAACGCAGCCAAAAAUAAAAUAAAAUAAAUAAUAAUUUUUUUAAAAAGAUGGUGACUGCUAGAGUUCUCCAUUAUAAAGAUCCAUUAUACAACUAGUAGGAUUAGUGAACCUUGGUCAGCUACUUUGGGGAAUGUAUAAUCAUAUGUAUGUAUAAGUUCUGAAUCAAAGAGAAAACUGAAACAAUUAGAGAUUUUGCAGAAAACAAUGAUAAUGAAAUGAUUGCAUAUUGGAGCUUGUAGGAUGUCCCUGAAGCUCUACUCAGUGGAAAAGUAAUACCAUUGUUAAUAUAUAUUGGAGGAACCAAGAUGCAUCUGGCCCAGAUGGAGGGCCAGAACUAUACCUUGUUUACCCCAGUAUCUUCAUGGUUCCUGUCACACUGAACUAAGAAGCUAGAAAAAUAACAAAUCCUAAACCAAAAUACAGAAGGAAUCAAUAUAGCUAAAAUUUGAGGUUAAUGAUUAGGAAUUAAAGCAGUAGUCUUCGAUCAUUAUUCCUCGGUGAAAAAUCCACUAACCUCAGGCUUCCCUGGUGGCGCAGUGGUUGAGAGUCCACCUGCCGAUGCAGGGGACACGGGUUCGUGCCCUGGUUCGGGAAGAUCCCACAUGCCGCGGAGCAGCUAGGCCUGUGAGCCAUGGCUGCUGAGCCUGCAUGUCCGGAGCCUGUGCUCCGCAACGGGAGAGGCCACAAUAGUGAGAGGCCCGCGUACCGCAAAAAAAAAAAAAAAA